AUGCUCGCGGGGCUCACAGCGCGGCGCUCCUCGAGGGGAGUCGCAGCCGCGCGCUCCGCCGUCGCGCGCUGGACUGCCGUAGCAGCAACGCCUCUCCUAUCCGCACACGCGCCACCCGCCUCGCCCAUCCUCCCUCCCCCCGCACCUCCCUCCCUCUCCACUCCCGCCUCCACCACCCCCCAUUCCCACCCCCUUCUCUCCUCCUCCUCCUCCCCCCACUCCCCCCUCUUCACUCAAUCCAUCCCCUUCACCGUCCGCCCCCUCAUCCCCACGCCUCUCCCCACCUCCUCCCCCACAGCCGCCCUCCCCUUCACCCCCACGCGCACCUUCGUGCAGCUGCGCACCAACCUCCAAGUCGCCGACAACUCGGGCGCGCGCCGCGUGCAGUGCAUCAAAGUCCUGCGCGGGCGCGCGCCCAACGCGGCGGGCCUGGGCGACGUGAUCAUCGCGUCGGUGAAAGACGCGGAGCCGCGGGGGAAGGUGCGCAAGGGGGAGGUGGUGACGUGCGUGGUGGUGCGCGCCGCCACGCACCACAAGCGCAAGGACGGCACCGAGGUGCGGUUCGACGGGCCGGCCGCCGUGGUGAUCAGCAAGGCGGGGGAGCCGGUGGGGACGAGAGUGUUUGGGCCGGUGCCGCAUGAGCUGCGGGCACGCAAGAUGCUGAAGUGGGCACUUGCCAUUGCUGCGUCCACGUGCAGCAGUGGUGAGGGGGUGAUUGUCUGGAAGGGUAGGCAGGGGACUAGAGUGUUUGGACCGGUGCUGCAUGAGUUGAGCGCACGCAAGAUGCUGAAGCUGCUCACCCUCGCGCAACACGUCAUGAGCAGUUACACUGGGCAGGGCACACGCUGUGUGAUGGAGGUGGCAUUCUGA